ACUAUGAAGUCAAAACCGCGUCAAAGUUACUGUACUUGCGGGAGUUGUGAGUGACUUCUGCGGACAAACGGAACACGAAGAGAAAAGACACGAGCAGUGGAGUCAGUUGAUGAAUAUCACCCCGAAGCCGUGUAACACGUCUUCUAUGCUGCUGAAAAGAGGCCCAGAUGCUCCAGGAUGGAUCAGGCACUUUCCAGCCAGAGCCCAGUGUUGGACUUGCUUGAACCAGAAAGCGAGGAGCUCCAGCUCAGAGUGGACUUCUUCAGGAAACUGGGUUACUCCUCAGUAGAGGUGAAGGCUGCUCUGAGGAAGCUGGGCCUGAGCACAGACACAAACUCGGUGCUGGGAGAGCUGGUUCUGAGCAGGACCGGCCCGGCACCUUGCAUGUCCGGUUCUGACGGUGAUGAGAUAAGCACGGGCCAAAUGGACCCACUGCUGCCUCCUAGUUGGGCUCUUGGACCCUGCAGAAUCAAUCUACAACUCGGGGACCGGAAGAACACGGACACAGAAUUGAGGCCCAUUGUUAUUGACGGCAGCAAUGUUGCAAUGAGCCAUGGCAACAAGGAAGUGUUCUCAUGUCGUGGCAUCCAGCUUGCAGUGAACUUCUUUCUGGACAGAGGUCAUGAUACUAUUACCGUGUUUGUUCCCUCUUGGCGCAAAGAGCAGCCCAGAUCGGAUGGCCCCAUUACAGAUCAACACAUCCUGAUGGAGCUUGAAAAACGGAAAACAGUGGUCUUCACUCCAUCUCGCCGGGUCGGUGGUAAGCGAGUGGUUUGCUAUGAUGAUCGCUUCAUUGUCAAGCUGGCGUAUGAGUCCGAUGGAGUGAUUGUAUCCAAUGACACCUACCGUGACCUCCAAGGAGAGAGACCUGAGUGGAAGAAAUGCAUCGAGGAGAGGCUCCUCAUGUUCUCCUUUGUGAAUGACAAGUUCAUGCCCCCAGAUGACCCUCUGGGUCGCCAUGGCCCCAGUCUUGACAACCUCCUUCGGAAGAAGCCGCUGCCUACAGAGCAAAAGAGACAGCUCUGUCCUUAUGACAAAAAGUGCACUUACGGUAUCAAAUGUAAGUUCUACCACCCAGAGCGGUCAAACCAGUCCUACCUGUCCUUGGCUGAUGAAUUGAGAGAGAAAGCCCAGAUUUCCACUGUAAAAGAACAGAGGAAUGCCAGAUUAUCACCCAGGCAGCUUCAGUCGGAUCCUGGACCUGCUCACAAUGCAUUUUCCCAUCCUAAAGACUCUAAAACAGAGCACAUAAGAGACCAGCAAAGUUACUCACAUCCCGGUCAGGUUCGUGAAAAUACACUGUACUGGGAGGAUCCUAGAAAAAGUCAAGAUCAUACACCCUGUCCUGUAACAGGAAGCCAGUGUCAUAAAGAGUGGCCUGGGAUGCACUCCAUGCCAAAUCAUUACUAUGCCAACCUCUCUCACGAGUACCUGGAUUCUGGCCUUGGCUCUUAUGAGAGUCAGUACUCUGACUAUUCGCAUUGCCUCAGCAACUCCCACAGGGUCAGGCCUCAGCAGCAAAGUGCCCUCCCUGGGCCCAGACAUGCCCCUGUGCAUUUAGAGAAAAAUAACACCAGCCAGUCUUGCAGGUGCUGUUCCCACAUAGUACCAGCUCACCAGCAACAUCAUGGAGACCAGGACUCCAAGGGACAACCCAAAUACGACACCUACCCUUCUCACAUGUUCCCGGCCGGUGUGCCGCACCAAAACAGCCUCCCCAGCCAUCUCCAUUACAAUGGAGCCCCACAUCAUCAGCAACAUUACUGGUCCGAUCCCUUUCAGGGGCCGCCCCAAGCCAGGACAUCGAGUGUUCUGCCCUCUUCGGUCCAUUCAUCGAACCCUCACAACUGCUCUUACAAAGGCCAAGAGUACCACUCCUGGGGCCAACAACAGUCGUCCUCUGCUGCGUACGACCCACAAAGGUUGGAACUCCGCAAGAAGCUGCAAGCCAUCUUCAACCCGCAGCAGGUGGAUACAGUCAUGGAAAUGUUUCCACAUGUGAUGAAUGCAGAGAAACUGGCUGCAGAGAUCCUUAACCUGAAGGCUCAGAGAGGGAUAUUCUGAUAAUUCCUCUGAUUAUUUUCUUCUCUGGCAUCAUCCUCCGUCAGAACUAACAUGAUACUCGUGUUGACUCUCUAUCAUAGCAAAUGAGGAAGCUCCUGAGAGGCUUUGAAAGUGUCUAUAGUUGAAUGAUUUGAAAUCUAAUUGAAAAGAUGUGCCGUUACAGAAGUGCAAUUUGCCUUUCUGCAUUCUGUUAAGUGCAUUUGAAUGACAUUGUACUCAAAUGUGACCCUAUUAUCCAAUGUUUUGGAUGUAAAGUGCCUCUUGACCAAAAAAUAUUUAGGACUGAGUUUCUAGAGUUUUGACUUUUGAUGCAUAUUGUGUCAAAUGUGAUACAUUUUUAUCUUUUUUCCAAAAAUACGUUCUCGUGCAAUAAGGAAAGGCUGUAUAAAGUAUUAGAUUUUCUUUUAAUUUCACUAUUGUUCUCCAGAACAGCUUGUUGUUCAAUAUUAUCUCUGUGAGGUGUAGCUACACUAUAUGACAAUAUGCUGUGGCCGGCCAAUGCAUUCAGGCUCCUACAUUGUAUUUAUAAUGAAACCUAACCUAACAAGGAAAUUGAGAAGAAGACUUAGAAACUAGCAAAAGGAAUUUGCUGGUGUGUUACCGCACUUUCCUGUAAUUAGCAUCAGUUUCAUGAAACAUUCUCAGAACAAGUGUUGCUGUAAUACUACACGUGUAUUUGGAUCACUGUGCCAUUGAAAAAUGACAAUAAAAAUGUGGAGUUUAAUUCUCAUAAACAUGCAGAUUUAUGUUCCCUUAGAAACUAACUAAGUAAAUGUAUACUGUGAGAUAAAUGCAUAGUUUGCAUAACUAGGAAUAAAAUAAAAUAUACUCUAAAAAUAAAAGUGUCUGAUAUAAUGUGUUUCAGAUAGGUUAGUGCUGUACCAGUCUUUCUUGAUCUUAGCUAAUUCUGUAAAUAUGCCUCCAAAGUUUCUGAGAAGCUUGGCGUUUCCACUGACUCAUGCUUACAUCAGACCAUAUUGCCUAAGACUCCUACCAAACUCUCUUACUAAAUUUCACAACUAUGCCUCCUACACACAGACCUGCCUACUACAACCAUUUUUCUGAAAAAAAAGUAGGGGGAUCACAAGGGUUUUACAACUUAA